GUGCAGUUUGGCUUCUGGCUGCUGCGUUAUAUCUGCACGUUCAUGCUCUUCGUCCUGGGCAUGAAGGCGCCAGGGCUGCCCCACAAGCCCUACAUGCUGCUGGUCAAUGAGGAGGAGCGGGAUGUGGAGAACAGCCAGGUGAGUCCUGGGGCUGGGGAGGUUCAGGGACAUGGUCAAGGAGGAGCUGAGGACAACGUGGAAAUGUGGCCAAAGGGCAACCACCGGCUGCAGGGGCUGGUGCUGUUCUGCAUGGCACUCAUGGGGUUGGAGCGGGCCAUCAACGUCUUCGUCCCCAUCUACUACAAGAACAUUGUGAAUGAGCUGACAGAGGGUGCUGCCUGGCAUACCCUGGCCUGGACUGUCUGCAGCUACGUGGGGCUGAAGUUCCUGCAGGGUGGAGGGUCCGGCUCCACCGGCUUUGUGAGCAACCUGCGCACCUUCCUGUGGGUGUGGGUGCAGCAGUUCACCAACAGGCAAGUGCAGGUUCAGCUCUUUGCCCACCUGCACGGGCUGUCCCUGCGCUGGCACCUGGGACGUCGCACCGGCGAGGUCCUGCGCAGCGUGGACCGGGGCACCAGCAGCAUCAACAGCCUGCUCAGUUAUAUCGUCUUCAGCAUCGUCCCCACCAUUGCGGACAUUGUCAUCGGCAUCGUUUACUUCACUUCGGUCUUCAGCGCCUGGUUUGGCCUCAUCAUCUUCGUGUGUAUGAGCCUCUACCUGACUCUGACCAUCUUCAUCACCGAGUGGAGGACCAAAUACCGACGGGACAUGAACACGCGGGACAAUGAGGCCAAAUCCCGGGCUGUGGACUCGCUCCUCAAUUUUGAGACGGUCAAGUAUUACAAUGCAGAGAGCUACGAGGUGAACCGCUUUAAUGAUGCCAUUGUCAAGUACCAGGUCUCGGAGUGGAAGGUCAGUGCCUCGCUGGGCCUCCUCAACCAGACUCAGAACCUGGUCAUUGGCUUGGGGCUGCUGGCGGGGUCCCUGCUCUCCGCCUAUUUUGUCACUGAAAACAAGCUGCAGGUGGGGGACUUUGUCCUCUUUGGCACCUACAUCAUCCAGCUCUACACACCGCUCAACUGGUUUGGGACUUACUACAGAAUGAUCCAGAACUCCUUCGUGGACAUGGAGAACAUGUUUGAGCUCUUCAAUGAGGAGCAGGAGGUGAAGGAUGUGGUGAACGCCGGUGACCUGCGCUUGGAGGCCGGGCGAAUUGAGUUUGAGAACGUGCACUUCAGCUACGUGGAUGGGAAAGAAAUCCUGCAGGAUGUCUCCUUCUCUGUGAUGCCUGGGCAGACCCUGGCCCUGGUGGGACCUUCGGGCUCGGGGAAGAGCACCGUCAUCCGCCUGCUCUUCCGCUUCUAUGAUGUGCGCGGUGGCUGCAUCCGCAUCGACGGGCAGGAUAUCUCCCAGGUGAAGCAGGCAUCGCUGCGUGCUCACAUUGGGGUGGUGCCCCAGGACACGGUGCUCUUCAAUGACACCAUCGCCAACAACAUCCGUUAUGGACGGGUCAUGGCCACUGAUGAGGAGGUGCAGGAGGCGGCCCGGGCUGCUGACAUCCACGACCGCAUCCUUUCCUUUCCUGAUGGGUACAACACCCAGGUCGGGGAGCGAGGGCUGAAGCUGAGCGGGGGGGAGAAGCAGCGCGUCGCCAUUGCACGCACCAUCCUGAAGGGUCCUCACAUCAUCCU